UGCAGCGACUACGCCAUUUAUUUUUGUUGCAAAAUAAAAUAGCGAGAAACGCAACGAGAUGCGUGCCUCCGAACGGACCGUUAAUAAAUAAUCGAUCGCUAAUUCCAACACAAUUUUGGUUGUUCGCAAAUCUGACAGAUUUAAGAUCGCAGGGCGGUUAUCGCAUUUGUGUAUUGAUGAGAAAACGCGUGACGUGGCGGCCGUGAAAACAAAAUGUACGAGUUGGCGAUUUGACCGGUCGCGGUGGUACGUUCCACGGCAGAAAUACCGUGACUCCAAGCCUCUCAUUUUCUACCGGCGAAAGCCCCAAACUUGUGCCCUGCAAUAAGUGAUUGAAUCAAUUGAUUCCCAAAUGCUCGUUCAUUCGGAAGGAGUGAGGACCGCGAAGAUGUGGCCUCAAUGGCUCGCCGCUGUCGAAGUUUCUUUAUUGUCGAUCCUCGUGGGCUUGGUCAGUGGAUGGACAUCUCCGUAUCUGGCGAAAUUGACGAGAUCGGAGACGGAGGGACUGGUAGUAACGGCGGAGGAGGCAUCGUGGAUCGCAGCGAUUCUUAGCUUCGGAAGAAUAGGAGGUGCCGUGGCAGGAGCCUUGAUGGUCGAUUAUUGUGGAACGAAGGUCGCGGUUCUUUGCACCGGUAUACCUCACGCUCUGGGCUGGCUAUUGUUCCUCGUCCCUAGCUCCAUCUGGUUCAUCCACGUAUCGAGAAUUCUCGGUGGUUUUGGAAUCGGCAUGUACUUCAGUACGUUUCCUCUUUAUAUGGGGGAAAUAUCGAGUCCGAAGAUCCGUGGCGCCUUGAUAUCGCUCAUAACUCAGGGAAUGCCGUUGGGUGUCUUACUUGGCAACGUAGUCGGGGCUUAUACGCCAAUAUGGAUAUUUUCCUGCAUCAGUCUGGUUCCUAACGUCGCGUUUCUCAUGCUUUUUGCCGCAUUGCCGGACUCGCCGCACUAUCUCAUACUCCGAGACCGCGACGAAGAAGCCAAGAAAUCCUUGGAAUGGUACAAUCGCGGUGUCGAUGUUGCACCGGAAUUACAAUCAUUGCGGGAAUUUAUUCACCACCGAAAAUCCACCGGCGCGAGCGGAAGGCAAAAAAUCGGCAAAUUAUUGUCACCGGAUAAUCGAAGAGCGCUGAUUCUCGUCAGUAUCGUGUUCAUCUUCAUUCAGCUGAGCGGCCUUUGGACAACGUCGUUUUAUAUGGAGAUCAUACUGAGCAAGGCGGGCGUAACCGUGGUCGAUCCUUCACUCGUCGUUAUCGUCGUAGGUCUUCUCGGCAUAGUGUUCGGUUGGGCUUCCAUGUAUGCAAACGACAAAUGCGGAAGGAAGAUAAUGCUGGCCUCCUCGUGCCUCGGUAUUACAUUGUCUUACCUUCUACUCGGUUUGGAUUAUCAAUUGCUCGGGAUGAAUUAUCACUCGGAUAUUCUGAACCAGUGCUUACCGAUAAUCGCUGUUGUGACAUUUCAAUGCUCCCUUUGUAUCGGGGUUACACCAGUUCCUGCUACGUUGAUGAGCGAAAUGUUUUCACCCGACGUCAAAAGCACCGCAACCUGUAUAGUCAAUCUGUGCUCCUCUAUCUUUGCUUUCAUCGUGAGCAAAACUUAUCAGACCAUGAUCGAUCUAACUUCCGAGCAAUACGUCUUCUGGCUUUACGGUUCGCUCAAUUUUUGCCUUGUCGUCUACACCCUCAUCUACAUUCCUGAAACUAAGGGCAAGAGUCUCGUCGAAAUUCAAGAAAUAAUGAGGUCAAAGAAUAAAGAGAGACUUAGGGGAACGAAAAAAAAUCAAACUGAUAAAUAAGACGAGCAGGAAGGGGGACAAAGUGAGCUAAAGGCUGUCUCGUUUUUUAUCUUUUUCUAUUCUAUCGGUUCACGCAGACACAUUAUGGUGACAAAAACAUUUUUUUUUUUCAAUCGUUUAAACACACGUACAGCCAAGUUGGAUGAAUUACAAAUUUUGUCAAAAAAAUAAAACAUUUUUCUUUACAUUUUUUUUCUUCUCCUUGCCCGAAUUAACUAUCUUACAUUUUGAGCACGUAAUAAUACUUUUUAAAUUUGACCUCACUUCAUACGACGCCGUUCAUUCCUCCAGGAUUGUAAUGACCGAAAGUUCAAUCUUGUUAUAACAGAAAAUAAAAAUUUUCAAGAAAAAUAUAGGUUUUUACUCAAAAUGAAAAUGUACGAUUUGAUGGAAAUAUCAUUCGAUCGAAUAUUCAGUAUUAAUUCGAACGAAGAUCGAAUCCACUGCCCGUCAUGCCAAAUCAGAUCGUAAUCUUGAGUUCAUCGUUCCAAAAUAAAUUUUGUAGAAUUCUGCAUUCAUCGAGUGUCGGGAAAAUCUAUUUUCUCCGAUAUUACCAUACUCGUGUCUCCCAUAUUCUCAAUAUCACGAAUAAACACGAUUUUUGGGCUUCUAGAAAUGAUUUGAAUCGGCUAAAGAUAAUGAACUGGAACGAGCGAUGACACCGCAAGAGCGCGGUCAGAGGUGUCCUCAGGGAAAAAAAAUACUCCCAAAAAAUGUGACGCGAUGCGUCAUAUAAUUGUAUUUUACUUUAAUACCGCGGACUCAAAUAUACAAGCGCUUUGAGAGAUUUAUUUGCUUAAUACAUUCGCGAGAUAUUAUUUUUUCCACGUAAAUAAUUUCCAAUAUU